AUGACAACAUACCUACUCUUCGUGGUGGGAUGCGUUGCACAGAAAGUGUAUUUUGACUGUGGUGCCAGGGUGGAUGUGGUCGAUGCCCAAGGCCUCAUUCUUUCACCUGGAUUCCCCUACAACUACUCCUCUGGGACGCAUUGUGUGUGGCAGUUCUUUGUGCCCAUUGACUUUCAGCUUAUCCUGGAGAUAUUUGAUUUCGACGUGUUUGAAAGCCACGACGCCGCAAGCCAGUACUCGAACAUAGGCAACUUUGAGGACUCUGAUGAAGAAGUGACGUUCAUUCAAGGGCGCUCGGUGUCGGAUGAUGCGUCAAAAGAGGAUUCUGCGAAAGAUCAGCAAUCCUUCCCCGAUGCACAAGUCAAACAGGUAGUUCUCCGAGACCAAUCUACGAAAAUGGAGCUUACGAAAGUGUCAAACUCUGCCAAAAGAUCAGCCGAUAUAAGUCCAAACUCUGCACAACCGUCUCUUGUUGUGAUUCCCGGAAGUCUUUCUCCCAACGACAAAUCCUCAAGCCUUCCCAGUGCAGAAACUACAACCGUUUUAUCAACUCUUUUUACCGAAUCAUCGCCCGUUAGCCCUGAAACACAGCAGCCAAUCCUCGAUGCGUGCCCACAUGACGUCUUGUACAUAUCGGACCUUAUCACAUUCGCCUCUCGGUUCUGUGGCUCAAACAAACCUCCCAGUAGCCAGUUAGUGUUCGGGUCAGACCAGGAAAUGGUUGAAGUCAUAAUGGAGCUAAUAACGACGACGCAUUGGGGCCGCGGCUUCGCUCUUCUUUUUCAUUACCAUAACCUGACGGAACCAGGCGCCACAAGGAGGAAUGUGACGUUUGCAUCCAGUACAGUGGACUCUCUGCUGGCUACUGUGAGUGGAGCGGCUUUCCUCGCCCUAAUCCUGACCAGUGCCCUCUGCAUCAUAUUCAGACCCAAAUUCUGUCCAAAAAGAGACAAUUCUAGCACAUCCAGCAGCCCUGAGGUGCCAGAGGGAGUUCCUCACAUAGCGCCGGAGCUGAGCGAGCUGCAGCUGAUGGCGGAGGAUCAGACCGGAGCUGAAAACAAGGACCACUCUCCACCGCUCACAGUCAGUGCUGGUGCUGGAGACACCAGUGCAGAGGUGGAUCUGUCUGGUGGUCUGAUGGAGCUCGAUCUUGGACCUGAUGAAGUCUUCAUCUCAUCACCAGCACCAGGGGUCAUUGCUAAUCACUUCACUCCACACACGCGGCGUGAGCGGUUUCUUCGGCACAGUGACACCGGGCCAGGUCCUUCAGGGGACUGGCCUUCUCCGGACUCGUGUGGGAGCAGGUCAAAGUCCGUGAGCAGCUCCAGACCCCGGGCUUGGAGCGUGCGGACCUUCCAGGACUUUUUCCCUCCUCUGCCGCAGCUGCACAAGAAGUGGUGCAGCUGGAACUCCACCAGUCCCUUCACAAAGCUGGUGGACACAGCGCCAUCCAGCCGGGGUGCAGAUGCCCGAGGGAACGUUGGCCGAGAGGUAUUUUCCGAUGAGAAUUUGGGAAAGACGGACACCAGCACCAUCUCCGACUCUCCUAUGAGCAACGCGUCUUACCCCCUCACCCAACAGGCACAAAGACAGCGGCGCCUCAACUCCACCAGCAACCUGCGGCGCUCCCGAUUCACCGGCCCCUGCUUUGGGCUGCUCUCCGGGACCACUGACCCAGCAAAGACCCUUCCUGCUCAGAGUCCCACCACUGAGCCUGCGCCUGUGUCGUCCAGUGCAGACAGCAGCCAGCCGGGGAAGAGGCGAGGGGAGAUCCAGGCAGAGGGGGAUCACAUCAGCGUCCAGGUUUUUGCCAUUUCUGAAGAGGAGGACCGGCAGCCUUUGGUCCCAGCGGAGCAUCUGGACCACCCGGCUGCACCCCAAGCACUGAACGGGCUGGGGAGAGGGGUCUAUGAGGGGAAAAGGUCAGUUGGAGGUAGUCCUAAGAGCCAAAGGGCCAGAGGAGAGUGGAGGCCAUGGGGAAGCCAGGUGUCUGGAGGGGUGAUGGUCAGCUCCAAAGCGGCCCAUACUGUCCGUGACCCCCAGGUGCCCGUCGGCCCCGCCACAGCCCUGUGCAGUGCCAUCCACCAGAUGUGA